GUUUGGAGUUUGACCACGCAGAGCCAGCGGACAGGCACAUUUUUACAGAAGCGAAAAUGAAGCAUGACUUGGGACACUGAAUAGAAAAGCGAUUGAUACAUUUCUCGAGGCCUUUUCACGUGGAGGAUUUAAAAUAAACUGGUGUGUUCGUGGUAAAGUUUUCAGCCAUGGAAUCAUCGCUAACCGGGAACCCAGCCACCCCAAAACUCAGCCCCUCAUCUCCCUCCACCCUGAGGCCAGGCCUUUCCUCUACCAGCUCAUCUUCUACCACAACUGCACCAACCUCAGACCGCCCUAAACCUAAACUCACCAUGCCAACACCUCCAACUACACCAUCAUCUUUUGCCUCUCCUCGGACUUCUCCAGGUCUCUCCUCCCGUUCUUUCUCCCUGUCCACGCCGCCUGCUUCCCCUCUUCGCCAGACCAUCAGGAGCCCCUCUCAGGUGGGCAGAUCGCAGCUUAAUGCAGCCUCUACGGGCACUCCCCCAACCGCCAUGGCUCCACAACCUCCUCCCACACCGGAUCCAGAAGAGCCAGAAGAAGAGGUCAGUUUUGAGGAUCUGGAGGAGAGAGCAAAGUCAGGAGAUGCUAAAGCACAGACCAAGAUGGGCCGUUACUUCCUGGCAUUAGCAGACGAAAGAGAUGAGGAGCUGAACAACUGUACAGCGGUCACUUGGCUCGUCCAGGCUGCUAAACAAGGACGCAAGGAUGCCGUCAAACUGCUGCAACAGUGCUUAGCCUCCAGGAAAGGCAUUACUCUUGAGAACUUUGAGGAGGUGAAGAAGUUGUGCACGGAGACGCGCUUUGAGAGAGGCGUGAGGAAAGCGGCUCUGCUCAUGUACUGGAAGUUGAACCCAGACAGGAAGAAGUCAGUGGCUGUUUCUGAGAUGCUAGAGAACGUUGAACACGUCCACACAGAGCCAGGCAAACCAAUCUCCCCGGGCCCACUAAACAGCUCUGCCAAGAAACAGAGGAGAGUGCUGGAGACUAUGGUCAGCAAUGAGGCCAGCUCCCAUGUGGGUAUGGACGACUUUGUUGAGAUGACUAAGAAGUAUGCUCAGGGUAUUGCACCUUCGCCAGUCAUGGCUGCAGCAGGAGGCGAUGACGAUGACGAUGAUGUAGUGGUGAAGAAUCCAGAUGAUUUGCCCUUACACCAAAAGCUGCUGAAGUUCCCUCUGUAUGCUUUGCUGGAGAUCAAGGAGCACCUCAUUGACUGGGCGUCACGCGCUGGCAUGCAGUGGCUCAGCGCCCUGAUCCCUACGCACCACGUUAACGCACUCAUCUUCUUCUUUAUCAUCUCCAACCUCACGAUCGAGUUCUUCAUCUUUCUCAUCCCUCUGCUGGUUUUCUACCUCUCAUUCUUUUCCAUGGUCAUCUGUACGCUGCGGGUGUUUCAGAAUUCAAAAGCAUGGGAAAAUUUUCGGGCCCUGACUGACCUGCUGGCGCACUUUGAACCUGGUAUUGAUCUGGAGCAGGCUGAGACCAACUUUGGAUGGACACACUUGGAGCCUUAUCUGUACUUCCUGCUCUCGGUGGUCUUUGUGGUUUUCUCCUUCCCUGUUGCUGAUAAGUCCUGGAUCCCCUGCUCAGAGCUGGCUGCUGUUGCUCUCUUUUUCACUGUCACCGCCUUCCUCAGCCUUCAUGCCUCUGCUGAGCUCUUCGCUCGUAGAGCCCUCCUCACCGAGGUCCUCUCUGGAGCAUGCUCCCUCACACGCCUCCUGCCAGACUCCUUCUGGUUUCUCAGGUCCUUUGGGAUGACGUUCAUCACUGUGCCUCUCGGGGACGUCGUAGCGUUUAACCUGGGGAUGCCAUGUCUGCUAUAUGGACACCUUUUCUAUCUCCUCUUCUGUAUGGCCCAGCUGAGAGGCUUCAAGGGCACCUACCUGUGCCUCGUGCCCUACCUGGUUUGCUUCACCUGGUGUGAGCUCUGCUUCGUGCUCCUUAACAACGCCACUGCAAUAGGACUCAUCCGCACCUGCGUUGGCUACUUCCUCUUUCUGUUCGCUCUUCCAAUACUCUCACUGGGCCUGGCUGCAAUGCUGAUCAUCCAGUUACUGCAGUGGUUUCUGGCCCUGGAGGUGACCAAGAUGGUGGUCACACUGAUAAUUUGCUUCGUGCCAGUAGUGUUGAGGCUUUGGACCCGCUUCAGCCUCAACCCCAUUGUGGUUUUUCGGUCUUUGUCACGGAGCAGCAUCGUCAAGCUCAUCCUGGUGUGGCUCAGUGCGGUGGUGCUCUUCUGCUGGAUGUACGUCUACAGGUCUGAAGGCAUGAAGGUUUAUAACUCCACCCUGACGUGGCCCGAGUAUAGCAACCUCUGCGGCCCACUGGCCUGGAAAGAGUCCAACAUGGCCCAAACCCAGAUUCUCUGCUCUCAUCUCGAAGGACAUCGCGUCACCUGGACUGGACGCUUCAAAUACGUCCGAGUGACCGACAUUGAGAACGGGCCUCAUUCGGUCAUCAACCUGCUGCCUGUAGUCAUGGGGAACUGGAUGCGGUGCCUGUAUGGUGAGCCAUAUCCUUUGUGUGAGGACGUGAAAAAUGUCACAGCCGAGUCCCAGCCUCUGCCUGCCCCGGCUCCUCCUCCAGAAGAUCCCCUCUGCAAACUUAAAAAACUGGCCAAGCAUGAAUGCCACAUCAAACGCUUUGAUCGAUACAAAUUCGAAGUCACAAUGGGCAUGCCACUAGAGAGGAAGACUAAGAACGGGACAAUCAUAGAGGACGAGGACGCGACUAAGGACAUAGUCCUGCAGGCUAGUAAUGAGUUUAAGUCUGUGCUUUUACACUUAAAUACAGGAAGCCUGGUGGAGUUUAGCACCAUACUGGAGGGUCGGUUAGGCUCCAAAUGGCCUGUGUUUGAAAUGAAAGCCAUUCACUGCAUGUCGUGCGCCAACGCCCACAAGCCCAGCCGCAGGCAGUAUAAGAUUGAGCACGACUGGAGGCGCACGGCACAGCACGCCCUGCAGUUUGGUUUUGACUUCUUCUUCAACCCCUUCCUGACCGCUCAGCUACAGCAACACUCAGAGACAGAGAGUGAAACAGACAUUGUGACACAGGAGGGAGGGUAGAGGGAGAGCGAUCUGGCAAACAAACCUGUCCAAUAAGGUGUAUAAUGAUAGUACUGUCGUCAGCUGGAGAACAUUAAUGAUUAUAAACCUCUGUUCUGAACAGAAUCUAUUUGCAAUAUUAGUGAUUAUUUAAUAGAGGGUGGACAGAUACUCAGACAUUGGUGGUGUCAGUCAUGUUGUAAAUCUGAACUCUAGUGAGUGUGUUUGCAUUCUUAUAGCUUUUGAGCCAAAAUGUGGGAAAAUGCAUAUUAUAAUGAAAUUACCUUUAUAAAGAGGAGAAACACAAAUUAAUAGGUUUUUAGAGCAAGCAAUUUACUGCCUAACACUAAAGUAAGAAAAACAACCAAUCAUCCUCAACUGUGGUCAGUUGUGCAUUUCAUCCAACUUAAGCUAGACAUGUUCUCAUCACAGAGAGUCUGUUAAUGAAGUGAUUUCAAAAACACUGUCUGCUGCAGCCAUUUUUAUGUACGUUUGUCAAAUAUUUGUGGCCAAAAUAGUCAGUAUUUACAUUUUACAGUUUCUUUGUUGAACUGUACUCUCGUUGUGUAUGCGGCCUACGAAUUAUAAAAGAAAAGGUUUCUUUUUUUAACAAAAGGUUACUGCUGAUAAUAACUCAUAAGAGUUUCUCCUUUGCUGUCAAGCUGCAAUUAUUUAAUAUUACACAUUAUAUGUCCAGUAUGCCCCGCGACCCUGUACGCAGGAUAAGCGGUUGACGAUGGACGGAUGGAUGAAUGUCCAGUAUGUCAUUUUGAAAUAUUUGGUAUUGGAAAUUAUUUUCAAGUGCCUUAUAAGACUCUUACUCUCAAUUCAAAAAUAAUUUGGAAGAAAACAAUCACCUUAACCUUAGCCUUGAAAAUGCUCACCUGCACCUGCGUGGAUUUAUUAGAGCAGUUUAGUUUAUCGGAAGUUUAUCUGUGCCUUCUCUGUUCUCACGUGUCUAGUUUCUUCUUUCUCCUCCCUUGUUUGUCUCCAUCUCUGCUGUGCAGAGACUUAAUAUAUAUUGAAUAUUUGCUGUCCCUAAGUGAUGAAGUGUUUUAAGUUAGGAUGUCACUACCAGUUUCUAUACUGUGACCCAUAAAAAUAUUGAAAACAUUA